GCCGUCCAGGUAUCUCAAUUUUAUCAAAAUUUGACCGCCCGUCAAAAUGUUGGCAUUUUUGUUUACCAAUAUUGUCUCAUAUAUUACAACAACGUGGUCAUUCAAAUUUAGCCAAAAUGUUAGAACAAAUUCCUUUUAGCAACGAAAAAAUUGGAGAAAAUUUAGAAAAAAUAUUAAUUAAUGAGGAUGCUAAACAAUUGCUAGAGAUCUCCGAAUUUGUUAAAUUUGUAAUUUAUUGGAUUAUUGCUUCUCCUUUAAAAGAUGUUCAGAAAGAUUUUCCCAAUCACUUUGUUUAUGUCCCAGCAAAUAUUUUUUGGGUAGAUUCUAGUGGUUUUGAACAUUUUUGGCUUUACAACUUGGAUGUUGAGGAAGACGAUUCUCCUGCUGAAAUUGAAGAAAUAAAACAAGAAAAGGAAGGAUUGAAGAUAAAUCAAAACCUCAAAUCACCAAUUAAAUUACUAAAUUUACUUUUUAAUUCCUCAAUUAAUAAUUCUUUUAAUAUAAUUAAUCAACAACUAGAUUCUUUAAAAUUAUUAAUUCCAAAUAUUUAUUCAAUUUCUAUUUUGGCUUUAAUGGCUUCAGAAAAUUGGAAAUUGGCAAAAGAAUUUUAUUUAAAGGUUUCUUUUAAAAUUAAUUUUGGUUCCUGUUCAAUUUAUGAGUCCAAUAAAAAAAUUUUUUGAAUUUCCUCUGGGGUUUAGAGUUGUGGGGUGGAUUCUGAAUUGAUGGUCAAACAUUUGGGUUUUGGACUCUUUGAGUUGGAAUUUUGGUUUCAGACUCCUUAACCUCCCUUUUCU